GACGCCAACAGCUGAUCCGAACCGUCCCGCGCGCGAGCCGAGAGUCUCGCGACUCGUCGCGGCGCAACCGACGCCGCAUUGCCGCCGCGACGCCCCAACCCCACGACGUCCGUGCGAGUGCGGUCCGCGAUCCGCUGAAGCUUCUACUCUCAUUGCCACGAGCUAUACCCACGAUAACCGACCACCGUGUCCCAUCGACUGAGGAAGGACUAUAGAUAGAAAAGAAGAGUUUUUUUCCUCUUCUUUCUUUGACCGUUCAAAUAUUUUUUUAUCAAGCAAUUCUCGUUCGUCGUCGUCGCAGACGCAGACGUCGCGACGUCGCUUCGCGCGUGGGGAGUUCUCCUUUUUUUAUCGGCGAAUAAAAAAUCCGAUUGACUGGAACGGUGUAAUUGAGGGGAAAAAAGCACACUUCAAAAAUUGGUGUUAUUUCGAACGUCGAGUCUUUCGUUCGAUCGAUCAGAAGUCGCGUGGUGCGGUAAGAGAGAUUUGAAAUAGAAAAAAAAAACGAAUAUAACGGACAACUUUUACAAGUGCGCGACGCCUGAUAAUGUCCAGUGCGCGAUGUAGUAAAAAUUGACACAAACUAGAGGGAAAAAUAUUCAACUAUUUAUCGGGAUAUUUAUUUAUUUAUUUAUUUAUUUACUUAUUUGUUCGUCAAUUUUGUUCAUCGAGUGUUUGUGCUGCGACGGUUACGACAUCGGUUAUCUACCAGCGCUAUAAGUCUUUAUCUGUGUAGAAAGUCGGGUAAUACCUGACUAUCGAGCGUGGAAAGUUGGAUUAUUAUAGUUCAACUUUUGCGGUGUUACGAGUGUCACACCGCGGAGACGCCCCCCGUCCCGCUGUUUUUUACUUUAUACUUUCAUCGAUAUUUUCAAUAGUUUAUCGCGAUUACAUACAUAUUUAUGUACGGUGUUACACUCGAUCCAAUUGCGCAUGAGAAAAUUCCUAUACUGUAUGUAGUACGCGCGAAAAAUUAACUGGGAUUGGCGAAAGUCAAUUGGAGGUUGGUCCUGCAGGCGCAUCAACGUCGUCGGUAUCCCGAUCCGAACCAGGAUUAGAAACACCAAUUAUGCUGCGAUCGCCCGCCCGGGGGGCCGUCGCCCUACUGGAGAACUCUUCCGCCUCGGCGCCGGCCACCCCCGUACACAACUCCUCGUCCUCGGCGAACAGCGCGACAAACGUCUCCUCCCGACUCUCCCUCCUUGACACCUGCCACAGGAAGAUACGACUCUUCGGGGAACUAGUUGCAAAAGCCCGACGAAAGGAGAAAGAUGCCGGAGCCACGGAAGACCCGAAAUUGUACCUGGAGGAAGCCGCUCUGGAACGACAGCUUCCAGAACUUGACCUUAGGAUGCUCGUUGACCUACCAGCGGGACUCGAUUACAACGAAUGGCUAGCCUCUCAUACUCUCGCACUCUUUGACCACAUUAAUCUUUUCUAUGGAACUAUAUCCGAGUUUUGUACCAUGACCGGAUGCCCCGACAUGACCGGCCCUGGUUUAAGGACGUAUUUAUGGUUUGACGAAAAAGGAAAAAAGACUAGAGUGGCUGCUCCACAAUAUAUAGACUACGUCAUGACAUUCACACAGCGUACCGUUAGCGACGAAACAAUAUUCCCCACAAAAUAUGCUAACGAGUUUCCAAGUUCAUUCGAAUCGAUAGUGCGUAAAAUUUUACGAUUGUUGUACCACGUUGUGGCACACAUAUAUCACUGCCACUUUCGGGAAGUCGCACCUUUGGGAUUGCACGCGCAUCUCAAUUGCGUAUUUGCCCACCUCACUCUUCUUAAUCAACGCUUCAACCUUAUCGACCCAAAGGAGACUGAGAUCCUCGGGGACUUGGAAGCUGCACUUUUAGGUGAUUCUACGCCUGCUCCUUCGCAACCCCCGGCCAUCCAGGAAACUCCAACUACGACUACCUAAAUAAUCCUGUUAAAUGAAGCUAGAGGUUGCAGUUCCUGAGAUCAGAUAACGCUAGACGUUAACUGUUGACUAUAGUAUGAGAGUUGAAGUUUCCAUAAGGGAUAGGAGCAAGCGAAUGAAGCGCAGUUCUGUAAAAACCAGUAGUACCUGUACAUAGCGAAGUGUGGACAACAACUACAUGAUGUAAUUAGGGUUCCUCUGUUUGUUGUUUGUGAGUAUUGUACAUAAUUUAUUAAAUGGUAAGAUAUAUGAAAGAAAAAAAAGAAGAUGAUUAUUGAUUAUUAUUGACAAAGCUAGUUGCUGUAAGAAAGAAUUUGUUCUGUAAAAAAUAAAAACAAUAAUAUUGUAAAGUUAAAAUAAAACCAAAUAUAUACCUGGUGUUAAAAUGUU